CCCACCAAUCCCACCCUUCCCUUUGACUACAAUAACUCGUUUGCCAUCGACGGGUGACCAAACGGCGUCCUCCUCCGCCCACCUCCCCCACUUGUUCCAGAAGGAGGGGAGAGAGGGUGGAGGAAGAUCGAGUGGAGAGUGACAGAGGGAAUUAGGGGGGGGUUUGAUGCCGAAGACAUCGUCGUCGCCCUUGCCGACAAUCACGCCCAUGAACCCUAGCGUCAAACCCCAGCCACCCCGAUCGGUCUCCCACCAAACCCUAACCCCCAAUCCUCCUCCUCCUCCUCCUUCUGCCGCGGCGACGGUAGAGGACCACGUCGAUUUCCUCCACUCCCCCUCCUUUCAUCACCAUCACUCCCUCCUCAUGGACGACGGUGACGACGACGGCGGCUGCGGCCCCAGUCCCCGCCUCUCCGGAACCCUAGCUCCGUCCCAGUCCCCUUUCCCCUCACACCUCCUCCGCGACGAUGACGAGGACGACGAGGAUCCCGACGAGGAGGACGACGUCGACCACGAGGAAGCGCUGAUCGAAGACCAGAAGCCCCCUUCGACUGCUUCCACCCGUCCUCUCGGUUCUUCUCUGGACGAAGCAACCGCCGCCGCCUUUUCCCCGGCCUUGCCUCGCAUCGACCCGACCCCCCACGUCUCCUCCCAGUUCUACACUUUUAACCGGGAGUCCCACGCCCUGAUGGUGCACUGCAUCCUCGAGGGCCGGCUCGCGACCCCCGACGAGAUCUUCAGCGCCACUCCCCCGUCCGUGCUCAACUCGUGGCGCUCCGUCUGGAAGGACCGGAACGAGGACACGGCGUACCUCACCGCGUGGAAGCGCAUCCAGGACAAGCUCCACGCCCAUAUGGAUGGUUCCCUACCCGCACUCUUCUUCAAGAAUAACCCGGCGCAGCGGGUCUCGCACGUCGACCAGUGGCAGGAGAUCGUCACCGCCGCCCACGCGGACCCUGACCUGCUGCGGCACCUCGGGCUAAAGGAGACCGUCGACCGGAUUAAGCAGUCCUGGACAGUUGGUGCCAAGUUCUAUGGCAUCCCAGAAUCUUUCAUCCGCGUUUGUGUAGCGUCCUGCACGAUCUGCUCGUCCGCGUCUUCCUCACUCACGUCCCCUGGGGGCAGUAACCUCUCACGUUCCAAAAGGCGGCGUUUUGAGUACACCGACUCCUUCGAAGUGCCCGCCAAGGACGUGCAGCGCUGUCUCCAGCAGCUUGCGGCCAAGUACAAGGUGGUGCUUUGCAUCCGCCAGAAGUAUAUAAGGUACAAACCUUUCAUGGCUGAAGUGAAGGACUAUGCAUGCCACCGAGCAGGCGAGCCGUCAUCGGCCACUGCUUCAGCCAAGAAAGCCAGACUGUUGAAGAGGGAGCCAUACCAGUCGAAGCGAUGUGGUUGUGGGUUCCGCAUAAGGGCGAUUGUUCCCAUAAUGAACUACAAUGAUAAGGACAAGACUUUUGUAUAUCAGGAGGAGGGCACUGCUAUAUUCAAGCUAUAUGCAAUUCAUACUGGUCAUGAACCUGGCCCACUUGAUGGGAAUGCUAGGAUCAUCCACCGGGUGGUUGGGAACAAGGGGGCUUUUGAUUUCGAUCCAGAGAUAUAUGGCGUUAGGGAGGAUAUGGAGCCUGAAUCAUUCGUUGGCCUUAUGGGGAACGAUGACAAAGGGGAUUUACAUCGCAUGGUUCUGCAGCAGGUCCAGGAGCUCAAGGUUGAGACAGUUUUGUUGGAAGGGAGAAUUGCAAAAACGAGUCCGGAGAUGUUGGGCUCACUGUCACAUGAGUUGUCCAAUAUCUUGCACAGGUUCAAGAGGCUUCAAGGUGGGGUGCAACAGUCAGAUGAGACAUUCGUGGUAGGUGAUGACGAGGUCACACAAUGGAGAGACGAGAGUAAUCACCAUCUUGAUAGACAUGGUAGUGUUUUCAACAAGGACACUGAGAUGAUUGAGGAAGAGGAUACAGAUUUUGGUUCUGAUCUUGUAGCCAUUGUGCCAUGGGAUAGGAUGGCAGCCGACUGCCAGGACAGGAAGAUGCUUAUGAGGGAUAGCUUGAAGUCUGAUAAGUGGAUGUUGAAGGAAGACUGCAGUGAUUUUGAUGAGAAGAUAAUUCUCAAUUGUGGCGAAGACGAGGACUCCAAGCUGAUAAAACCCUUGAGUGAUCGAAGUCCUGUAACGAUGCAGGUGGUGGAUGGUUUUUAUGCCGACAGCGCCAAGUGGUAUGAUUCACCAGGUGGCUUGGAUCCGAGUAGAGAUUCCUGAGAGGGUGGUUUUAGGCAUGGAGGAAUUGUGUGAAGCGAGGGUUUGCUUGUUUUUCCCUUAAUCAGAGAUGGAAGGAAAGGACUUGUAAAUUCUGUAUACUAAAAGUUGGGGACCACCAUUUUACUAUUAGGAGUAAGUUUUAGGUGGAUAUUCCCUGCAGUUUCCUUGUUCAUCAAAUACACAGGUCGCCUUUAUCAGUUAAAACAUUCUUAGUGGUCUAACAUCUGUCGUGUUCCAUGAUGGAACAUUUGCCUAUCAUUUAUCUUUCGAGUUGUUUCUUUUUCCUCUUAUGUAUAUAUCUAAGAAUGGUUGAUUGGCACUA